AUGAUCCACUUUGACAAUGUUAUUCGCAUCCAUGAACCAGCUCAGUUUCUUGUCGAAGACGAAGAGUUUGGUAGUGGCAACGGCAAAGAGCAACUCUGGUACACGAAGAAUGACUAUGACACAAUUCGGGAGGAAGGAGCUGCCUCUCUGAGGGACCAUGGCUAUUCCCGUGGGUUGGAACUCUGGUAUGAUAAGGUAUACGGUGGUAGUCAAUCACAGCAACGACGAACGAAUCAAGUGCAAAGUCUCUUGGCCCUUCAGGAAGACCACAAAGAGGAAGGACUGAGGGAUGCCAAAGGCUUGAGGGCACUCUCUGUGACCCUGAGCAAACAAGCCACCAAGCAGGCGCAACAACGGGCGGCACAAGACUCUAUGGAAGCCUUUCAGGUUCACACUAAAGAAGAAACAAAAUCUCCGUGCUACCCAUACAUGCAUAUUUUGAAGGCUACGAAUGCCAAAGAAUAUGCCAGAAAGACCAGUCCACAACGCUCGAGAGCCCGUCUUGACACAACCUUAUCAUGCUGCUGA